GAUGUCCAGCUAUAUAUGACAACCGAUAGUUGGCAGCACCGCGCAUGUCAAGACCUCGAGUGUGACCCCACCGAAUUUAUAUUCGCUUUGUUUUGAUUAUUCAUUUUUGAGUGGGUCACACUGGCAGCACAGCGUAAACAAUUGACGAAUUGCAAUUUUAACUUCAUUUAAAUAAAAUGCUGUCUCUAACUGAUGCCGGUAACUCUGUUGGCAUUCCAGACAAGGCCUGGCAGCCACACUUUGUGACUCUGGAAACGAGCAUGGGUGAAAUCACAGUGGAGUUGUACUGGAAACAUGCGCCUAACACAUGCCGGAACUUUGCCGAGCUGUCCCGAAGAGGCUAUUACAACAACGUGGUGUUCCAUCGCAUCAUCAGGGACUUCAUGAUACAGGGAGGUGAUCCCACCGGCACGGGCAGGGGCGGUGCCUCCAUCUACGGCGCGGAGUUUGGCGACGAGCUGCACGGCGACCUGAAGCACACAGGCGCCGGCAUCCUUUCCAUGGCAAACUCGGGGCCAGACACCAACGGCUCCCAGUUCUUCAUCACUCUGUCGCCCACGCAAUGGCUGGACGGGAAGCACACGAUCUUCGGGCGAGUGUACACCGGCAUGGAGGUGGUCAAGCGGAUAGGAAUGGUGGAGACGGACAAGAACGAUCGUCCCGUGGAUCCGUUGAGGAUCAUUAAGGCGAAGGUGGAGAAGCUGUGAGAGAUUAAAGCCAUUUGAACUUGAA